UUAAUACAAACAAUAUUAGAAUAAUGCUAGAUAAACAAUAAAUUGUGUUAAAGCAGUAGGAUAACAGUAAACAAAGUAAGAGAUGGAAUUCUUAUUGAAUAAUCCUCAAUGGAGCCGAUGAAUAGCGUUGCUAACUGAAGGAAAGUAGAUGUGGCAAUUUCAGUAUAAGAGUAGUUUUAGGAUAAACACUAGAGGAGGCAAAAACACUAGAUGAUUGACUUGAAUCUGUCAGAGCCUUAGUGGACAGAGUUAUCCGAUAUGUCAGAGCACAAGUUCUGGACAGCACGGUUAUUAAAAAAAGAAAUAUUUGUUGCCUUCAUUUUCUUGUUCCAACCUCCAACCUCCAUCAAGAAGGAUCAGAGAGAUGCGCAGAAACUUGUAAUAUCUGAAGUGGUUAAUCAUCUAAUGCUUUCGGCAUCAAGCACUUACAAUUGUAUAGUAAGUUUUCCGAAAAUGGCAUCUAACUAUAAAGGAAAAGCUAUUGUAAUUAUGGGUGUUAGCGGAGCUGGAAAAUCAACAAUUGGUCAGAUGCUUGGAAGAGCUGUUCAUGGCCGCUUUCUUGAUGCUGAUGAUUAUCACUCAGAGUCUAAUAAAGAGAAGAUGAAGAAUGGGAUCCCUCUUUCCGACGAAGAUCGUGUUCCAUGGCUUGAAACACUACGAAAUGUGCUGAGAAGAGGUUUAGUUGACAAUGAAACACUGAUUCUUGCUUGCUCAGCUCUGCAAAAGCGGUACAGGGAAAUCCUUAGAUCUGCAGACCCGAAUUAUGAACUAGGUUCUUAUGCAAGUGUUGUUAAGUUCGUGUUGCUGGAUGUUGGGGCUGAAGUACUUGCUACUCGGCUAGUCAAGAGAGCAGCUGAGGGAAAGCAUUUCAUGCCUGCAAAGCUCUUGCAGACCCAACUGGAUUUGCUUCAGAUUGAUGAAGCAGAAGGGAUAUUUAAGGUUGAUGCUACAAUGGAUCCUGACAACAUAGUGAAAACCAUACAAACUUUUGUCAUCUGAUAGACCAUUAAAGAUGAAUUAUAUAAAGAAAAUUUGUGAUAAAACAAAAUUCUUAUAGUUGUAAUGUGUAUUUUUUAUAUGCAUUUGGAUAGGAACCAACUAAUACUC